CCUAAUGAACCAAUUUUGUAUUUCUUACUGCCUAUGUGAAUUUGAUCAAGCUCCUCAUUCUCUUCUGAAGAAUAAAGAAAAUAUGAAGUUCAUCAAAGAGAGCAUUCUGAGCCAGUACUGAACUAAUUCUCUUCAUGAGAUCCCUAAAGUUGUUUGUAACCAAGCUACUAAUUCACCACCAAAUUCAGUUGGACUGGGAUUAUCCAAAGAAAAUAGCAUCAUCACCAAGAUGACCUCUGCUUUUUCUCCUUAUAUACCUAAAGAAAGGAGCUAUAAAGACGAUUCUUCUGACUCUCCUUUGCGAGAAAUAACACAAGAAGAUGAAAAAGAAGAAUUCAAACAUCAUGCUCCUUCUGAAAUUAAGAGCCUUAGCAAGUACAGCUUGAGAAAAGAUGUCAUCUACAAAGCCAUCUUCAGAAGUCUCAGGAAGUUCCUCAUCAAUGACUUCAAAGAAUUUUUUGAUUUCACUAGAUGAGUGAAAAGAUUCAACACUGAAACUAAUGGAGAACUUAUCUCAAUGAUUCGUUUAUACAUUCAUCAAAAGUUUGACAAUGCUUGAGAUCACCUAGAGCUCUUAUUGUUGCAAAUAUUAUGAAUAAUAGAUCCGAAGCAAAAGUACUGCACUAUCAGCCCGAGUACUCAAGCCAAAUACAAAGAGGCUCUGAGUCUUUUCUACUGCUACAGCAAGAGAAGGCUUUCUCAGCAGUUGGAGUCAGAAGAGUUGGUUACUCUGGUGUUACAUUUCCUUGCUCAGCCCAACCUUACGGAAAUCACAGUUCGGGAUCGAAAUGAUCGCCAGAUGGUGACAGAGUACGAGAAGAUAUUCUGAGAGCUCAGAAACAAAUGAAUAACAGCCAAGACCUUUAAAUAACUUUGUUUCAAAAAUUAAAAUUUA